AUGAAUGACGGUCGAUCUAUUCCAGAUCCCCCUUUACAAAAAGGUGCUGGACAAUCACCAAUCUCUAAUGAAGUGUUCAAUAAUAGACUUAUUAUUACUAACAUGGCAACUCAAAUUUCUAAUAAUAAUAGCAUCAGUAGUAAUAUGAACAAUUUUGAACGCGUAUUACCUACUAUGCCAGUAAUUGUUAAAUCGCCUAAAAUUUCAGCAACAGCGGAAACAUCGUCAACCUCUUCACCUCCGGCUUCUUCAACUUCAUUUCCCACUACUGAUUCUACUGAUAUUAUAACAUCUACAACAAGGACAACUACUAGUACUGCAAUUUCACCAACUAUUAAAAGUAUUAGCAAUAAUAAUAAUAAAAGAAAGAAUUUAAUCAAUCCACGAGAAAAAGGCAAUGAAGAUGAUGGUGGCAAAACUAUCAAAAAAAUAAAGAGAGUUAAAGAUCCCAAUGCGCCAAAAAGACCAGCUAAUGCAUAUAUCUAA